GCGCUAGGCUUACCCCGGGGCGGCCAUGUACGCGCUGCUCAGCGCCUGGCUCCGCUGCCUCCUCUGUCUGCUGCUGCCCGGGAGGGCGGCGGACGGGGAGCGCUGGCCCGGCCCCCCGGCUCCCCGCGAAGGUAGGCGGGGGCCGGCCGCCCAAGAGCAGGAGGGGGCUGGAGCUGGGGGCGCCGCCGCGGCGCUGCCUGGCUCAGAGGCGCGGCGGGAGGAGAAGGCGGCGGCGGCGGCUGCAGGUAGCCCAGCUGCAUCGCUGCUCGCUAGACUCCGCCGGCUCUGGCGGGCUCUGCCCUGGCACCGGCCGCCGACGCCCCCUUCGCACCCGAGCCCCAUGGCCGAGCUGCCGCCAGGGAGCCCCCAGGGCCCCGAUCCGGAGCAGCCCGGGGUCGCCAGCCGGAGCGCGGAGCCGCUGGAGGACGGGCCCGGUGGCGCCCCGAGCCCGGUCGGAGAGGCAGGCGCGGGGGAGCCCGGGAGCGGCCCAGUGCGGAUCCGAGUGGCCAUCUCGGCGGAGGAGGAGGAGGAGGACGGCGGAGCCCCGGGUCUGACCCUGCUGGGCGGGGGCAGCUGUAGCGAGGAUGACUCCGGCAGAUAUGGGAAAUCUAGUGGUGGGGAGAAUGAUGGUGAGGACUUCGACCAGGACUGGAAACCCCCAGAUAACGAGCUGAUCCAGAAGCUUAUAACACAGGUUGAAUAUUAUUUCUCAGAUGAGAACCUUGAGAAAGAUGCCUUCCUCUUAAAGCAUGUGAGAAGAAAUAAGAUGGGCUAUGUCAGUGUUAAGCUACUCACUUCUUUCAAAAAGGUAAAACAUCUUACCAGAGACUGGAGAAUCACAGCCUAUGCUUUGAAGUAUUCAGACAUUCUUGAGCUGAAUGAAGAUAGCAGAAAGGUUAGAAGAAAUACCCCAGUUCCAGUGUUUGCUAGUGAGACCCUGCCUAGCAAGAUGCUGCUUGUGUACGAUAUCCACUUGAUUUCUGAGCUACAGGUUCUGAGCCAGGAUCAAGAAAAUGGAUGCAUGCAAGAAAAGAUGAUGGAGCAUCUUCUCAAGACCUUUGUUACUUUUGGUGUAAUCUCAUCCGUUCGCAUUCUCAAACCUGGUAAGGAUCUUCCACCUGAUGUCAAGAGAUUCAGUAAUAGAUACACCCAAGUUGGAACAAAGGAAUGUGCAAUAAUAGAGUUUGAAGAAGUAGAUGCAGCAAUUAAAGCUCAUGAAAUCAUGUGUAUUGAAAAGAAUAAUGAAAUUGGCAUGAAAGUUACCCUGAUAGGUAUGAAGCCUCCAAAGAAAAAAGUUGUGAAAGACAAGAACCAUGAUGAAGAUCCCAGCAAGUCUCUCAACAAAAUUAAAUCCCUGAAUAAGAGAGUUGAGGAACUUCAGUAUGUUGGGGAUGAAUCAUCAGCAAACAGCUCUUCUGAUCCAGAGAGUAAUCCUACAUCUCCACUGUCUGGACGCAAGACUAAUACUUCCAGCAAGUUGAGCCCUACCACCUAUCAGAACAACCACCUGAGCCCUAAUGUUUCACCUAGGUCAAGCCCCUGGAAUAGCCCAUCUUCUCUGCGCAAAGUGUCCAAAAAGUCUCCGCUUGCUGAAGAUGGCAAACUUAACCCUAGCACUAGCCCUGAAAUCUCAAGGAAAUGUGCAGAUUACUCUUCAGAUAGCAGUAUUACUCCUUCUAGCAGCCCAUGGAUUCAGAGGAGAAGACAAGCUCAAACUGUAACCCAAGAACAAAGUCCAGUAAGUAGCCCAAUGCUUGCCCGGAAAAUACAAAAUGCAGAUGGGUUACCUGUAGGAGUAUUGCGGUUACCCAAAGGUCCUGAUGGUACUAAGGGAUUCCAUAAUGGAUGCGAAAGGAAUAAACCUAUGAAGAAUGAAUAAAUCUUGGGUAUUUUUCUUUUAAAACAAGUUUCACAAAUCAAUUUAUUUUUGUUCAAGCCUGGUAAAAAGACUAGCACUUAAGUGACUGAAUGAAGUCAGUAUUUAAUUUUUAAAGGUUUUGUAUUCAUGUAGAGACUCAUUUGUAUAUUUGUAUUUGCACUUAAUCCGCAUUAUUUUUAUAUAUUUUUUUUGUUUAAGAGCUGAACAUUGAAAUGUUACCUUUUUUUUAUGCCAGGUAUUUAAAACAAUUUAUGUAACUGCAUAUUUGUGCAAAGCUAUGAUUCUGAACAGCAGUGUGUAAACACUUGAUAAUAUUUAGCUGUUGUACCACAGCAUUUCAAAGCAAUACAUCACCAGUCUGUUUAUUAAGCGGUUUGAAGGCUUCCUAUUUUUAGUAUGUUGAAAGGAGCACUAAGCUGUAAUGUCACGUCAGACACUUCGCUAAACUUGUUUGUUUAAACUUCCAAAGAUCCUAUAUAAUAGGACCAAACUGUGUAUUUUCUGUGAUGUGAAUAAAAAAAUGCUGAGUAAUGAAGACUGUUUUCUAGGUAUCAGAUUCUAAUGUUCAAAAUGAUCAGAUAAAGACUAAAGGUUCUAAAUUUUGUGACCGUCUAAACCAAAUUGUUUAAACGCAUGUUUCCUAUAAAGCAGGCUAAACAGUUUUCUUUGGAAUAUGGAAUACCUACAUCUUUCAACCCUGUCUGGCCCAGGUUUAGGUCUCAAGUUUCACAUGACUUGCUCUACCUACUGUGCGAGGACAUCAUGUGUAUAUGCCAAGUGACCAGUGCAGUUUAGAGUGAAUCCUGCGUGUAAGCUAGGCCUUAUAUUAAUGAAUAUAGGCAACCUAAGGGCUAGUCUACACUGGAAUCUCUACAGUGGUGCAGCUGUACUGAUGUAGUUGUAUCACUGUAUUCCAUGCUGACAGAAGAGAGCUCUCCUGUCGGCAUCACUCCACCUCCCCAAGCAGCAGUAGCUAUGUCAACGGGACAGCUUCUCCUGCCAUCCACAUUGUCCACACCAGCACUUACAUCUGUGUAACUUGCAUUGCUUUUCCAUGCCUGGGAGUGACUUACAUUAUACUGAAGUAAGCACUGGUGUGUACAAGCCCUAAGUUUAGCUCAUUAAGAACAUGGCUCUCAGAAAUUUUUAUCUUCAAAAAGAGUCCAGACAGCAAAGCCAUAAGCAUUCAGUAUAUUUGAACAAAGGUGGUGUGCAUGUUUUGUUUUGUUUUCCCUAAGUACAUAUCAAUACCUAGAAUAUUUCCUCAGGAUUGCACAGGUAUGGGCACACAGUGUUCACUUUUUUUUUUAACGCCAUUGCAGCUGGCAGAAGUCCAGAUUAGAUGAAUCACUUCAUCUGUGGCCAUGCAUGUA